AUGGAUGAUCCAGUCGUGGAUGCCUCUGCUUUGGCAGAGCACAGCUCACUUCUACUGAGGCAGCUGGACAAGAUGAGAGCAUCUCAAGACCUCACUGAUGUGGUGCUGACAGCAGAUGGAGUUCGCUUCUCUUGCCACAAGGUGGUGCUGUCUGCCUUCAGCCAGUAUUUCCAGGCAAUGUUCACUUGUGGGCUGAAAGAAACCAGUGAGGGAGAGGUUCUUCUCAGGGAGGUCCCAGCUCAGAGCCUCCAUCUGCUGCUGAACUACAUGUACCGAGCUGAGCUUCCUCUCUCCUCCGACAACGUCCAGGGAGUCGCUGCUGCAGCUUUCCUGCUUCAUGUGGACGGCGCCUUUAGAUUGUGCCAGAAAUACAUGGACGCGUGCAUGGACGCCUCCAACUGUGUGGGCCUGCAUCACUGGGCUCAAGCCCUUGGAGCGUCAGACCUGGCUGACUCUGCUUUACGAUAUCUCUGCCAACACUUCACACAGGUCUGUGAGGAAGACGAGGUGUUAGAGCUCGACGCCCAAAGUCUUGGUGACUUGCUAUCCUCAGACGACCUCAACAUUUCUCAGGAGGAAGUCGUGCUGGAGCUGGUGCUGCGCUGGGUGGACAAGCGCAGGGAUGAUGCUCAGAGUGAAGCUCAGGCAGUGGCCUUGCUUAAACACGUCCGCCUGGAGCUUGUGGACCCUGGAUUUCUCCGUAAAGCUCGAAGAAGAAACCCCGUACUGUUGCCGGAUUCUGAGAGCUUGGGUAUGACAGAUGCGACCUCAGGACUGUGUGAGACCUCAGCUCCACCGCGGCCGACCCUUCGUUACGGCAUGGAGACCACGGAUCUUCUGCUAUGCCUUGGUGGCGUUGAUGCGGACGGAGUUCCUGCCAGACGAGGAGGAAGUGCUGAUCUGAGUUUCUGUUUUGCUCCUCAUACGGGAAGGACAUACUACAUACCUUCUCCAUUGAAGGGCAGUGGGGGUGUGGGUCAGAUUACGACAGGGGUGGUGACACGGGACAAUAAUAUUGUGGUGGCCAUAGAAGCUGAAGACCAACAUCGGACUAAGAGAGUGGACUUCUACAGGUUUGACAACACAGAUGUGAACAGCUGGGUGGCGCUGUGCUCAACAGCAUACCGGGACAUGUAUGCGUUGGGGCUGCUCAAUGAUGCGCUCUACAUGAUAGGAGGGCAGAUGAAAGUACACAAUCAGUACAUCAUUACAGGCAGCGUGGAGAGAUGGUCGAUGAAAAGAGGCGGCAGUUGGCUGAGUUUCGCAGCACUACCUCUGCCUUUGGCCUGCCACUGUGCCGUCGCCAUGAAGGAGCAUCUCUACGUUAUGGGGGGAUGGACACCACAGCUACAGCCUGAUGAAGAACCAGACCAGCUGAGCAAUCGAGUGUUUCGAUUUGACCCUGGCAGGGACCGCUGGACUGAGUGUUCCAGGAUGAAGUUCUCCCGGUACCGCUGCGGAUCCGCUGUGCUCAACGGUGAAAUCUGUAUCCUGGGGGGAAUCGGAUGUGAUGGCGAGGACUGUGGCCAGUCGCGCCGUUGUCUCAACUCAGUGGAGAUUUACAACUCAGAAUCUGACACCUGGAGGGCCGGACCAGACCUACCCACAUCUCUCCUCUCUCUCCGCACCAACAGUUCCAACAUAGCGGCCGUUGAUGGAAAACUGUACCUCUGUGGAUACUACAAAGGGGCUGGUCGCCAUGAGAUAAUCACAAAGGAGAUUUUGGAAUUGGAUCCUGCCAACAAUAAGUGGACAGUUGUGGAAAGACACGCAUCAAUGCAUGACAGCUAUGACAUCUGCCUGGUUGCAAACCUGAACCCACGUGACCUCAUUUCACUCUGAGCCUUACAAAGUGGAAAAGAAGGGUUUGUAAAUAGCUGUAUAGU